AUGAGCGCGAUCAGCGUGACGUCGGUGCAGGUGCUGGAUAAUCCGCAGUUCUUCGCGAAUCCGCUGCAGUUUGAGAUUCAGUACGAGUGCUUGCACGAUCUUCAGCACGAUCUCGAGUGGAAGCUGACGUACGUCGGGAGCGCGGAGGACGACAAGUGCGAUCAGAUUUUGGACACGGUGCUCGUGGGGCCGGUGGUUCGCGGGGCGUACAAGUUUGUGUUCCAGGCCAAUCCGCCGGAUGUGAGCAAGAUUCCGCAGGAAGACAUCUUGGGCGUGACGGUGCUUCUCGUGACGUGCUCGUACAACAACCAAGAGUUCAUCCGGGUCGGGUACUACGUGAACAACGAGUACGCCGACGAAGAGUUGAAGGAGAACCCGCCAGCGCAGCCGAGAAUCGAUAGAAUUGUUCGCAACAUUUUGGCUGAGAAGCCGCGCGUGACUCGAUUCCCGUGCGACUUU